AUGGGCGCUUAUUGGACUAGCACACCAACACUUUAUCUCAUCCACAAUGUCGGCGCCAAAUAUCCCCAGAGUGGUGAUAUCUACACAUCACUCCCCCUAGAUGAGCUGGCAGAGGCUGAUCCAUGCAACCUUACUGGCCAGAUCACUAUAGAUCUCAGUCGCAGAACGGGAUGGGGUAGAUUUGGCGAUGUGUAUAAGGGUGAAUAUGAAGGCUCGAACGUGUGCGUCAAAGUUCUCAGAGAGGUAUCUGUCGCCGACGCAGAUCGGCUGAAGAAGUUUUUUCGACGACUCAAGCGAGAAAUAAAGGUGUGGCACAAGAUGGGCGAUGACAAUGUGAUUGCAUUUCUGGGCUGGACGUUACAGCCUGUGGAUGGCAGCCUGCGUGUGAGCUUGGUCUCACAGUGGGCUGAUGGCGGCAACGUCACCGAGUUCCUGCGCCAAAACCCUGAUGCAGACCGUCUUGGUAUUGUUGAGUUAAACGUGCAACUUGAGGUCAGGGGUGUGUGUCGAGGGUUGGCAUAUCUUCACUCGUGUGGUGUGGUUCACGGUGACAUCAAGCCAGAAAACGUAGUGGUUUUGAGCAGCACACAAACAGGCCCCAAGCCCAAGCUAUGCGACUUUAGACUCUCGUCCGUCGUCGACGAUUUCACCACACAUGCGAAAGCACCCAGCACGAUGGGAACCAUCCGUUAUACGUCUCCUGAGUUAAUGGACGGAACCGUGACUGGGAGGGACGAAAAUAGCGAUGUCUGGGCGUUUGGCUGUACAGCCGCACAGAUCCUUACCAGUCAAGUCCCGUAUGCCUGGGUAUCGCAUCAACUCCAGCUUUCCUCUGCCAUCUGCCAAGGCCCUCCCUAUGAUGUAUCAAACAACACCGAAUUCUUUGCGAACUGUAUUGCUGCAUGCUUUGAAUCCCGUCGUGAGCUACGACCCAGCGUCGCCAAACUUAUCCAAUGGCUCGAACUUGAGCCUGGUUCUUUGACUUCAGUGUCCUUGAUCAAUUCGCUACCACGUGUCAUCGUUAUGCUGCAUAUGCUUUCGCUUCUCCAGAGGCUGGAUGAUCUGCCUUACUUGUGGAGAUAUCAAAGGAAUCGCGACAUCGCGGGGCUCGACGCAGAGUUCCGAAAAGCGAUCCCCGUUCCGGUUCAAACCGAAUGUUGUGAAUGGUAUAGGAUUAUCUUCAGGUGUUCUGCUGGAGAUAUAAACGCCUUGGACGCCUUCAAGAUGGUUGUUCCUUUAUUGCUCCACUGGAUUUGUGCUAUGUCUAUCAUGGGAAAGCUCGAAGAAGCCCUCGUAGGAUUAUAUGAGAUGAAAAAUUAUAUAGGGGACCGUACUUUUGGAACGCUCCUAUGCGAACUUCAUCGGAUGAUCCUCCAAUCUCGAGCUGCAAUUAGAGCAUGUUCUCUCUCAAUCCUCGGUGGUUUGCACCCCUUCGUACCUUGGCGCAGUGCCUUGCGAUCGUAUUUCCCUCAAAUGUUUUCUAAGGGCCUCCUUGCAUUGAUUGCCCCGGGCUUCACCCGACCCGACGCGGAAUGGCCCCCCCUUAUCACAACGCUGGAGCAACCUAUAUCAUGGAGGAUCUCCAUCGCAUUCUCACCCGAUAACCGCUAUUUAGCCACCUCCGAUAACAAAUUGGUGCGGAUAUGGGAUAUGGCGACUGGGAUGACUUCCCGUCUUCUCGAUGGUCAUACCUCGCUAGUGACGUCUGUUGUGUUUUCUUUCGACGGCAGCUAUAUUGCCUCCGCAUCGAUCGACAAGUCAGUUCGGAUUUGGAAUAUGGUAACGGGAAUAGCUGCCCUCACCCUCAACGGUCAUACCGAUACAGUGACAUCUGUUGCAUUCUCACCCGAUGGCCGGUGGCUAGCAUCCGCCUCACGGGACAAAUCAAUACGGAUAUGGGAUGUAUCUUCCGGGGUAUCUCUUUUCACUCUCAACGAUCAUACCGAUUGCGUGGAGUCCGUUGCAUUUUCGCCCAGCGGUCAAUAUCUUGGUUCCGCUUCUUUCGAUGGUUCCGUGCGGAUAUGGGAAUUGUCUACGAUGGCCUCUGUAGUCCUCAAUGGUCAUUCAGAUAAGGUGCUGUGUAUUGCAUUCUCUAACGAUGGCCAGUUUAUCGCCUCUGGGUCAGUGGACAAGUCAAUACGGAUAUGGGAGGUGGCAACAGCGACGAUACUCCACAUACUCACUGGACAUAUUUCCAGAGUAGAAUGUAUCGCAUUCUCCCCCGAUGACCUUUACCUGGCUUCGGUUUCGCGAGACAUUGGGUUACAUCCGUCGCUUUUUCGUCUGAUGGCCGCUACAUGGCCGCUGCGUCGUCAUUUCCAUCAAGCCUACGUGAAAUCUAUCGCAUUUUCACCCAUCGACCAUUACAUAGCCUCUGCUUCCUAUGACAAGUCGGUGCGAGUCUGGGACACUGCCAAGGAGAUGACUCCCACGAUUUUCAAUGGCCAUAGGAAAGCGGUGACAUGCGUAGCAUUCUCUCCCAAUGGCUGUUAUUUAGCCUCUGCGUCGAAUGACAUGUCGGUGCGAGUUUGGAACGUGGCUCAGGCUGGUGAACUACCUUCGAGCCCACUUGUUCUCAGUGGCCACACAGACUCCGUGAAAUCUGUCGCCUUUGCACCCAAUGGCCAUUACCUAGCUUCUGCCUCAGCCGACAAAUCAUUGCGGAUAUGGGAUGUCGCCACAGGGAAGACUGUACAUCAUCUUGACGGCCAUACCAAGAUGGUCACCUCGGUCGCAUUCUCCCCUAAUAGCAAUAUCCUGGCAUCCGCAUCAGAGGACAACUCAGUGCGGAUCUGGGACGUUGUUUCUGGAACAGUCUCGCCUCCCCUCGAGGACCACGAGGCAUGUGUGAAUUGUGUGACGUUUUCGCCGGACGGGAAUUACCUUGCCUCUGCUUCGGAUGAUAAAUCUGUGCGGGUUUGGGACACGAAUACAGGGACGGUUUUGUUCAUUCUCAGCGCUCUUACUGAAUGCAUGAAAUCGGUUACAUUCUCUCCUGAUAGCCGAUACUUACUGUCUACCGCCUCCCAUCACCACUCAGCACAGUGCAUUUGGGAUCUGCUCGCGCAAAAGCGUGUUAUAAGCAAUUUCCACUUGAACGUUUCGAAACCGAUGUCGAAUGUUAAGCAAACUCCGCCAAUGCUUAUCACCUCCCCUUCCCCUCGGCCUCCCUGGGUCAUAUUGGAGGGUAAUAGUCUGUGUGUAAAGGUUGGGACGUAA